UUUCCGUACAUAAACCGUUGUUUUGUUGACACUUUUCGCUAUCAGCUGACUGCCCGCUGAGACGAUGAUCAGCUCCGCUCAAACCGACCCUCUCAGGUUGAUUUUCAGAGCUGAGGAACCAUCAGCAGAGUUCAGGAAGCAAUCACAUUUAUGUUGAGGGGAGCAGCAGCUGAGAAUGGCCGCUGUUUGCUAACGAGUCACUGACCAUUAGCCCGUUAGCAGCUUUAGCUCCAAGCUAACAGGCAGCUUCAUUAACCGAUGUUUGGAGAGGUCAUGGAGGGGAUUUUAUACAAGUGGACUAAUUACAUGACAGGUUGGCAGCCACGCUGGUUCGUCCUAGAAGACGGAGUAAUCUCGUACUACGACAGCGAGGAUGACGUUGGUAAAGGCAGCAAAGGAUCCAUCAAGAUGUCUGUGUGUGACAUUAAAGUUCAUCCAACAGAUUCGACUCGCCUGGAGUUGAUCAUUCCCGGCGAGCAGCAUUUCUACGUGCGAGCUGUUAACGCCGCAGAAAGACAGAGGUGGCUGGUGGCUUUGGGAUCAUCCAAAGCUGGAACUCUGGAAAGCCACAAACACAGGGGUUCAGACUGUCUGAAAACCAAGAUGUCUGAACUUCGUUUGUACUGUGACCUGCUGGUCCAGCAAGUCCAAACGAUCCAAUCACAGCACACUGCAGAUCCAGAAACCCCGCCUACUUCUGAGGCCUCACUGCUCAGUGCCACAUGUGAGACGUUCAUCAGGACUUUGGAGGAGUGUAUGAGCCUGGCCAACCAGAGUUUGACCCCUGACCUUCGACCUCCUGAAAGGAUGAAGCGGUCCAUCAGCCACCCUGGAACAUACAGCUUUGACAGGUCAGGAGUACUAAAGGAGUAUGUGAGUGGAGGUCAGAGGUCAGCCCACCGCAGACAUCGGACGUCCUCCGACAGCUCUGUCUAUGAGACUGAACGUUUGCUGCCCACUCUGAACGGCGACCCGUCCUCCAUUCCUGAGGAGAGGGGAAGCAGCAUGAGUCCAAAGACCACACCGACAGACACAGACACCGAUCUGUCUAUCUGAACACCUGAUGUGCAUCCAAGCUCGGAUGAGAAUGAAGUAAAGGUUGAGUUAGCCGCUAUUCAGUCUAGGAUUUAGGAUUGUCCCUCCUGUGUUUUCCCAGCAGAAUCAGCUGAGCACCUUGGAGUCAUUCAGCUUCUUUCUGUCAGUGGUUCAUUUACACACUGGAGAGGUGGAAAGGGCAGCAGACUCUUUUGUAACGCUGAGCUGUGAUGCUUUAACACUCUGGGAUUAGAAGAGCCUACAUCAGCAGGGUGCCACAAUUCUGGACUUUGGGCAGGAGACACCAGGUCCUGCUUCAGUAAAACGCAGCUGAGGCAGCUCGUUGGCACAACGUGAACAUGAUUAACUGUGAAUUGCUGGUUUCUGGACUGAUGCUGCUUUAAAAGGCCUGAGAAUGUAGAUCUGUCUGUUGGGAAGUUUUAGUGGCUCUGAUGUUGGAUGUCUUCUUGUUUUUCUGGUUUCUUGCUGAAAACAAAAGCUUCAUCCUUCUUAGUGUCAGCUUUGAUCUCAAGCUUCUUACUUGUAGAAGUUCCUCGUGUUGACCUAAUCUAUUGACCAAUUAUAAAAAGAUGUAUCUACCCUGCGCUCUUGGUAUGGUAAAAAGAAAAAUAUCUUACUGAUUCACGUCUCUUUAAACCAAUCUCAGCACUGAGCUCAGAAGGUAACCUGGUUUUAUUGGAACUGAUGCCCAUGCAGAGCAGACGUUUACAGUUAAUCACUCAUAGGAAUAAUAAUCCAGCAGCCAUGUCUACACAAUCUAAAUGUUGUUACUAAUAAGCAGGCUCCGUCCUGACGUGUUCGAUGAGCUGCAGGCAGACCAGAUGAAGGGAGCUGACUGGUUACUGAUACCUUCAGUGUGAAUAUAUAAAGGGUUUUGUUUUUGGUAAUAUUGGUACGUUGAUCACUUCCUGUUUUUUAGUAGUAAAUACCAGUCCAGUGUGACAUCGAGGCCAUGAUGAAACUGAGCUGGGUGAGGUAUUUUUUUCUAUGAAUGUAUGUCUGGAGAUGGAAUAGCUGACAUGAGUGUAAGACAAGGCAGCCAUCUUUCUGUAUAUCAUCUUUAACUUGGCUGUGAUGUUGCAGAGGCUUGAUGUAAAAAUUGUUUACUGGAUUACAAAAGCAGGAAGUAGUUUUGUGAACUUUAGGUUACUGUACAUUACAGCAACUGCAAUCUGAAAAUACAAACGGCUGCAUUAUUCAAAGUUUUGACAUGGGUUUUAUGUUAACCGGUCAUUUUGCUCCUUCACCAUUUUGUACCUUCAAUGUUUGGACCAUUCGGUACUGGACUGUUUCUGCCACAGGAUGCUUUGUUCCAACCACGUGUCGAUUUGUACCCACCAGUGGGUUUUUUGUGCCUACUUAAAGAACUUAGUCAUUUUCUACACAUGUUCUACUGUAAGGAAAUAUAAGGCAUGUGACUCCAAUAAAAAAUACUCAUGGAGUUAUUUAUGUUUAAUCAGGGGUCCUAAUCUGUUAUCUUUCUUAAGGAUUGACUGAAUCAAAUGGAACAGAACCAAAAUAUAUGGAAAAAUAUUGCAAAGUUUUCAGGAUAUGGAUAGUGAAAGUUGAUCAAGUUUAUCAUUCAUGAAAACACUUAAAUACAAAGAAAAAUAAAUCAAUACUGCGUGGUUAAACAUAUAGAACACAAGAACACAAACUGGUGAUGGGGCAAACUAAACAAGCUGAUGAAGUCCUAUGACUUCAUCAGAGAGCGAUCUUUUAAUAGCUCUCUGUGUCUGUGUUCUGGAAACUGUGCAGUUUGAGUAACGAAACAAAAUAAAAUGUCCUCAACCUCAGGACAUUGGCAGUGGCAGAAUGUCGGUACGUUUUUGUUUGAAAUGUCACCUUUAACCAAGCCCAUCAAUUCAUAUUUCAGAAAACUAAAUCCAAGCCGGACUUUGAUAAAUCACUGCUGAGGUUUUCUGUUUGUGAUAGAGCCUGUGGUUUAAACACAUGUAAAAGGAGUGGAAUAAUGUUACAUAAAUCAAUGUUUCAUGAAUACUUCAUUUUACAGCUCACAGUUCAAUAUGAGUUUGACAAAGUGGCAAAAAGAAAAGAAUGCCAGAUUUGAGUUUUUUUCUCUUAUUUUUAACACAAAAAACUCACACUUCUGCUAUCGUAAAAUAAAUCUCUGUUUUUAUAAAAUGUGCCCUUAACCUUAGUGAAACUAAAAUGCGAAACAGGAUUUAAUACCUCCUGUCAGUGUGAAGUUACUGAAUAAUGGUUAAACACCCUCCGGUAACCUUAUGCGACACCAUGUGGCCAUUAGAUGGUACUUGACUAUUAGCUGCCACUAGGUGGCAGUGCUCUGAAGCCUGAGCAAGGGUUAUGGACAUAACUUUAAGUUUGGUUCUAGAUUUUCAGGAUCACAAGGCCAGUUCACUUCUUACUUGAAUAUGUCACCAUGGUAACCUUUGCUGGGAGCCAGUUUCCAGAUUAGAGAUAAGUACAUGUGAAAGCACUGCCUCUAGUGAUCGGUAAGGCGAUAGUCAGAUUCUAGAGCUUUCUUCACUAAAAUGAUGCAAGGUGUUAUGAAACUCAGAGUUGUAGUUCAAUUCGGAUAAAGACACCUGUCCGAUUAUGUAUGAUGCUAACGAUGCUUAAAAGCUCUUUGAAGCUUUUGGUGCAAAUUACCCAAAGUUUUGCUAAAUGUCCUGCCACCACUAGGUGCCGCUAGAGUUUAAGCAUUCGAGGCUUUGAGACAAAUUGCCUAGAGUACAGGAGGCUUCAAACCCUUGAUGAAGAGUCAGCAGCACACCGCUGGCCAUGUAAUAAUCAGAGCAGUUGGAGCAUUGAAAAAUAAAUGACAAUGAUAGCAGUGGGAAAAAAGCCUCUGUUUCCUAAAUUACAGCUAUCGUGCAUUACAGUAUAGUGAAGGCUGCUUCAUACUCCCCAAAAUCACAUCAUGUUGUGUCUGUAUGUUCAUAUUUAUAUCUAAAUUACCUAAUUAAAUGUUGAGACAAUUUUAAAAUCACAGUCCAAGCUUAAAAAUGUGACUUCUGGCAUAAAUAACAGAAAACAAAGUUAGAAUUUAGAAGAUCUCUGCCUGAUGAUGUGGUUGUGAUGUCUUCCAAGUUAUACAUCAAACAUUUUUGUUUCUUUUUUUUAUACAAGCAUCCCUCCUUCAUCCUAAUAGUGAUUGGCUCUCAGAUCUCCAUUGUAAGGGUUAGUCAGCCAGAUUCCUCUGAGGAAUCCUGCGAAUGUUGAGCCUGCUUUUGGCUAUGGGGGGCAGGUGUUGCAAAGGGUGUGAAGUCUGACCCGUUCUGCUCACCAACUCUGUAGGUCUCCGGGAGCUUAAACUAUUUCACUCAGCUGGUUUAUAUAUAAACAGAAAUGUCUUUGAGUCCUUUGCAUGUCAAUGUCGGCCAUUAAUGCAUUGAUUUGAUGUGGAGUGUUUUAGACGGUAACAUCAUCUACUUGUUUUCUGUUGUGGCACUUAACAUGAAGUAAUAAAAACACAUGUGUGUUCUUUUUUUUCUGUGACUAAGAUUAUUAUUUUUAUUCUGUUUGCACGCACCCAACUGUGACGCCUGUACUGUAUCUGCUUGUUACCUUCUACACUCCUGUAAAGAAAUUCAAAAACAAAGAAAAAACACGAUCGUCUGAUUAGACCUUAUCAAUCUUUAUUAGGAUUUUUUGAAAACAUUCAAAUGUUAACGCUUGCCAAAAUUUGAAGCUGUUGUAUUUUUAUAUUUCCAUGGGAAAUCAUUUUACUAUCAGCCUUUUUUAAAUCUUAUUCAUGUCCACAUAAACCCACCACAGCUUGUAUUUUUUUCCACGGGAAAAUGAAGAUAUUCAAUAACUUUGUAUUGCUUUCUCCAACAUACAGUAUUUAAAUGUGGCUGUUUUGCACUUUAAAGUGAUUCUGUCAGUGUUCAGGCUCUGAAAGUAGAAUAAAGUGACAUCUUUAUGAUGUGACGGAUUAUGCUGAUUUUCAUGUGGGUGUUGUUUGGAACUUCCUGAGUGUGUAAAUACAAAAAAACAGAGAUUAGGAGAAAUGUUCAUUGUAUUGAAAGAAAAUCGUAUUAUAUGAAGACCCAUCAAUCUUAGUUACUGUUUUCUUUACAACCUAAUUGUUACAUUUAAAUUUCUUUGUUGAAAUGUUUAAUCACUCAGUAUUUAUAUUAAAACCAAAGGAAAGAUUCCGAUUACUUGUAGUUCUCACAUUUGUUGGGUAAAUCAGCGGUGCACUGGUUGGUGAAUCUUUUAGCCUGACUUUUGGGACCUUUUGGAAGGGUUCUGUUAGCUGUGCCAUUCUCUUUUAAUGUAGGUUUUAUUGAGAUCAGUAUACAAAAUGACAGACUAAAGCUGAAGCUAAUGGUUCUUGAUAUAUAUCUUUAUAGAGUAGCAAAAGAUAAUUCAUCUCCUGAAUUCCUUUUUUAGCCAAAUAUCAGGAGAUGCCUUAAGAGUCUGCACAAAGUGGCAUGUGGUUUUUAUCACAUCUGAUUUUUAUUGACCAAAUAAAGUUUUUGAAGCUGA